ACCCGUGGUGCACAUGCGCAGAAAGAAGGUCAGGAUUGGUGUGUGAGACAGUCACAAGUCUUGUCCCAGCCAAUCUGGACGCGCUAGGGGCGGAUCCUGGCGCUCCACGCUCCGCUGCGCUUCCGCGCGCGUUUUUUCCGAUUAUGGCGUCUGAGAUGAUUCGCAACCUGGCUCCACGCCUGGGCCUUGCAGAGCCGGAGGUGCUGAGGUAAGUGUGGCCGUGCGUGCCGCCGAAGAGGGCCGUUAAAAGUGGGAGGAUCUUUGCGAGAGCUUGUGGUUGGAAAUGAAGCCACUGCAGCCAAGCCUACCUCAGCAGUCAGGAAAGCAGAGGAGUACUUGCGACUGUCCCAAGUGAAGUGCUUUGGUUUGUCUGCACAUACAACAGAAACCAGCAAUGCGAUCAUAUGCCUGGACCUUGCAGCUUCCUGUAUGACGUGCCCCUUGGAUAGGGCUUAUUUAAUUAAACUUUCUGGUUUGAACAAGAAGAUGUAUCAGAGCUGUCUUAAAUCUUUUGAGUGUUUGCUAGGGCUGAAUUCAAAUAUCGGAAUAAGAGACCUAGCUGUACAAUUCAGCUGUACAGAAGCAGUGAACUUGGCUUCAAAGAUGCUGCAAAGCUAUGAGUCCAGUCUUCCCCAGACCCAGCAAGCAGAUCUUGACUUAUCCAGGCCACUUUUCACCACGGCUGCACUACUUUCAGCAUGCAAAAUUCUAAAGCUAAAAGUUGAUAAAACCAAAAUGAUAACUACAUCUGGAGUGAAAAAAGCUAUACUCGAUCGACUGUGUAAGCAGUUAGAGAAGAUUGGGCAGCAUAUCAACAGAGAGUCUGGAGAUUUAGCUAGUCCAAUACUGAAGAAAAAGAAAGCAGUGGAUGAACCAUCAGCAAAUGAAAUAGAGAGGGUGGUAGAGACCCAACAUAAACCACAAAAAGAUGAAGAUUGGACACAAGAUUAUGAAGAGUGGAAAAGGACAAUUUUGGAAAAUGCUGCCAGUGCUCAAAGGACUACAGCAGAGUGACUUCCAUUUUAUUACUGUGAGCACUGGAAUUUGUUUAGACUUACAACAGAAAAUACUGAGGAUUGUCUCAAUAGCAAAGAAGCUAGGCUUGGAGCCAAGUUCUGAGGCAUGCACUGGCACCUCACAUGAAAUAUCAGUUGACCAUAGUGCCUACCAUAGACUCAUUUCUUCUUAGGUCUGUUCUCUGCUACAGUAUGGAAUUGGAACUGUUUUGCUUCUCUGUGUUAAGCUUAAGGCAGCCUCCUGACUUAACCAAGAAUGUAAAUUUCAAGCUGAAAGGAGUCUCAUAGAUUUUGUUUUUGUGUUUUUAAAUUUCACUAAAUCAAUAUGUCAUACAGCCUAAGUUAAAUGUUAUUUUUAUAUGUAUUUGAGUUGUAGUUGUCAUCAGCUUUAAGUACUCCUUAUUAGGCCAAAAUCUAUGUCUACUCAAGCAGAAAAAAAGUUCCAAGUUCCUGUAUACUGAGCUUCAGUACUCUCUAGAACCCAAACUUGAAUCAGAAUUCCUGGCUAUGAGACUCACCUAGCUUAGGCACUCACAGCUACUCACAUGAACAAACUAACUUUUAUACAUACCAUCUAUAAAUUAGGAAUAAAGAUGUUACUACUGUGGCUAAGGAUGUGACUCAGUUGGUAGAGUGGCUGCCUGUCCUGCAUGAAACCCUGGGUUUGAUCCCCAGCACUGUAUUAAACUAGAUACGGUAUACCCCUGUAUCCCAGCACUUGGGAGGUAAAAGCAGGAAAAUGAGAUAGAUGUUCAAAAUCAUCCUCAGCUACAUAAUGAGUUUGGAGCCAGCCUGGGAUACAUGAGAACCCGUCUCAAAGAAAAAGAGUUAAAAAAAAAAAAAAAAUGAUACUACUGGAUAGAAUUGCUGGAAGGAACAUCAAACCCAAUACAUGAAAGCAUCUAAUACAAUAUCUACUAUGAAGAAAUACUGAGUAAAUAUUAGACUAUCUGGAAAUGCUUA